GUUUCAUUGCGCGCGGAUCGCAAGCGCGUCGCGUCUAAACGUAAACGACUGCACACAAAAUCUUUUUUCGAUUUUUUCAAACUGUUCGUAUUUUAAUAAACGGUCUAUGGAAUCCUUGGUUGACAGCUUCGUUUUUUAAAAAUAAGAGUGCGCCGGCAAAAGUAAACUUUCGCAAAAGUUUUGUUUUAAAAAGUUUUUAUUUCUUUUUCGUUUUAUUUUUUUUUUCGUUCGUAUUACAGUGAUUACAUUGUUAUUUAAGUUUUGUGGUUUGUUUUGUAUAGUGGAUUUGGUUUUUAAGAUUUGCGGUAAAGAAUUAAAGUUUUGGUUUUGUUUGAAAUUCAGCGGUGUUGAUGUGAAGUGUUUAAAGUUAAAUUUUGUUAGUGUUAGCUAAAUAGGAUGUUUGUAAAGUGACUUUGUAGAGUUAUUUGGCAUUAUGAAGCUUAUUUGGAAAGUUUUGUGCUGUUUGCUACUUCUUGCACAGGCUGUUAUGGGCAACUGGUGGAACCUAGCUGCUCCCCGUCCGCAGACACAGAUCGGUAAUACCUCGCUGGAGACUUUCACGGCGUUGCACAAAGAGAACUGCCACAGAUUAGAGUUUCUAGUCGAGCGACAGAAGCAACUGUGUAUGCUGUCUGAUACUAUGAUUAAGGUCCUACAGACUGGUGCCCAGCAGGCGGUGGAAGAAUGCCAGCACCAGUUCCCACACAGCAGAUGGAAUUGCAGUACUGUGGAGAAUUCUACUGACAUCUUCGGCGGUGUGCUUAAGUUCAAAUCUCGUGAAUCAGCAUUCGUGCACGCUCUGUCAGCGGCAGCGUUGGCGCAUGCGGUGGCACGCGCCUGUUCCCGUGGUGAACUCAACGAGUGCUCUUGUGACUCACGUGUCAGAAAGCGUACCCCUAGGCACUGGCAAUGGGGAGGGUGUUCUGAAGACAUAAGAUAUGGAGAGAUGUUCAGCAAAGACUUCUCGGAUUCCAAAGAGGACAAGAACACUGAUGAGGGACUGGUGAACCUACACAACAAUGAGGCUGGACGACGGGCUGUCCGCGGCCGUAUGCAGCGUGUCUGCAAAUGUCACGGUAUGUCCGGAUCUUGCUCAGUUCGUGUCUGCUGGCGUCGUCUACCACAACUGCGCAUGGUUGGUGAUGCAUUAUCUACCAGAUAUGAAGGAGCUUCCCACGUCAAGGUUGGUCAAGUGGUUGAGCGCAAGAGAGGCAAGAAUAUAAGGAAACUGCGACCGCUACACAUGGACAUGAAGAAACCUAAUAAGACAGAUCUUGUGUAUUUGGAGGACUCGCCAGACUAUUGUGAACCCAAUGACGAGCUAGGCAUAUUAGGAACUCGUGGCCGUACUUGCAAUAGAACGUCAGCUGGUCUUGAUGGCUGUCGCCUACUAUGCUGUGGAAGAGGAUACCAAACCAGGGUGCGAGAUCACGAAGAAAAAUGUAGAUGCCGUUUCGUCUGGUGUUGCAAAGUCCAUUGUGAAAUCUGUCGGUUUAAACGAGAUCAUCACGUUUGUAAUUAAAGAAAAUUAAAAUUGGCAAGAAGUUUGUGUAAUAGCCAGUUUUACAGUCUCUCAGAUACUCAGACCUACAAUCUAUC